AAGGAUGGCUCUGGGGGGGAAAUGAAUGUCGUUGGUGAAAACCGUCUGGUGCCAGUAUACUCUGUACCUAAUUUCAUUGCGAUCGGAGGGGCAAAAUGAUGCAAUAUUUGAGGCUAAAUCGAUGUCACAAGCCGGCUAACUCUUUUAGAGUCUUUACAAAAUCUCAAUUUUCUGACCAAUUUUGGAGAAGGGAUGUCGUCUAAAAGUGCUCUUGUGAUCCUUGCUACUGGAUCCGAGGAGAUGGAAUUUGUCAUCUCUGUGGAUGUUCUCCGGCGUGCCAAGGUUAACGUAACAGUUGGCGGAUUGGGCACCACAGUUCCCAUCAAGUGCUCCCGUGAUGUCGUAAUUCACCCCGAUGUUCCUCUCAGCGAGGCAGCAAAGCAGGAAUACGAUGCCAUCGUCCUUCCAGGUGGUUUGGGUGGUGCAAAGGCAAUGGCUGAAUCUAAGGAAGUUGGAGAGCUUCUGAAACGUCAAGAGAGCAACAAUAGGCUAAUUGCUGCAAUCUGUGCUGCUCCCACGGCUCUUCUUGCUCACUCAAUUGGCACGGGGAAGUCCAUCACAUCAUAUCCUAGCGUCCAGGAUCAAUUCAAGGGUUCCACCUACAACUACGUCAAUGAUAAGACAGUCGUUCAAGAUGGACAACUCAUCACGAGCCGUGGUCCUGGAACUGCUUUUGAAUUUGCUCUCAAAAUUGCAGAGAAUCUUGUUGGAGCUGAGGAAGCUGCAGCAGUUGCCAAAGGAAUGCUGCUAUAAGAACAAAAGAAGAGCUAAAAAUAAAAAUUUUUCCUUCAAAAUUAA